UUCAAGAUGUCGAUGAUCACGACGACCUCGUGGGUGCCGCGCGGCUUUGCGGCGCCCUUUCCCACGAAAUACGAUUUCGAUGAUGACGAGUACGAGCGCAUAUCUAAGCUUGCUAAGCUACAACUAGAUGAUGCGAAAGAGGAUUUAGAGGAGGCGCAAGAGGAAGAGAAGGAAAAAAAGGAAAAGAAAUCAAACAAAAAGGAUGGAGAGGCCGCUAUGGAAGUUACAGAGGACAUCGACGAUGAUCUCAAAGAGUACGACCUCGAGCACUAUGAUGAUGACGACGAUGACACCGCCGAUGGCACCAACGCCCUGUUCGGCAACUUCAAGAGUCUAGUAUACCACGAGAACGACGAGGAAGAUCCUUAUAUCACCAUGGACCGCAACGAAGACGAAGAAGAUGAGGAGCGGGAAGAGCUACAAAUAUUGGCUACAGACAAUAUGGUAUUAGCGGGGCGCAUAGAAGAUGAAGUCGCGCAUUUGGAGGUUUACGUAUACGAAGACGAAGCAGACAAUCUCUAUGUGCAUCACGACAUUAUGUUGCCCGCGAUUCCCCUCACUACCGAAUGGAUCGAUAUGCCCGUGGGCAAAGCGAAUUUGGGCAACGACGCCCGAGGAAACUUUGUUGCAGUUGGUACAAUGGAUCCCGAUAUUGAAAUCUGGAAUCUCGACGUGGUGGAUAGCAUGUACCCUGACGCGAUCCUUGGACAAGGCGCAGAAGACGCGGCCAACGCCGACAAGCCCAAGAAGAAAAAGAAGAAGAAGGCCAAGAAGGCCAACGAUGAUUUCCAUGUCGAUGCUGUACUUUCACUGGCUGCCAACCGUCACCACCGCAACCUCCUUGCCUCCUCGUCCGCAGACAAGACAGUCAAGCUUUGGGAUCUGAACACAACCAAGUGCGCCAAAUCAUACACAUACCACACCGACAAGGUCUGCGCGGUGGCAUGGCACCCGACCGAGUCGACAAUCCUGCUCAGUGGUAGCUACGAUCGUACGGUAGUUGCCGCUGACAUGCGUGCACCGGAUGCUACCGUACCGCGCUGGGGCGUUGAAAGCGACGUGGAAAACGUGCGGUGGGAUCCUCACGAUCCAAACUACUUCUACGUCUCAACCGAGAACGGCAUGAUCCACUACCACGACAUCCGCGCCGCACCUUCCACCCCUUCAGACUCCAAACCAACCUGGCUCCUCCAAGCGCACGACCAAUCCAUCUCCUCGUUCGACAUCAACCCCAUCAUCCCCGGCUUCCUCGCAACCGGCUCGACGGACAAGCAAGUCAAACUCUGGAACACGCAGUCGACGACGGGCGGUCCCAGCAUGGUCGUGUCGCGCGACCUGGGCGUCGGUAAAGUCUUCUCGACGACUUUUGCACCGGAUAAAGAAGUCGGGUUCCGACUUGCGGUUGCGGGUAGCAAAGGUGCGGUGCAGAUUUGGGAUACGAGCACGAACGCUGCGGUCAGAGCGGCUUUUGCGACGAGAGUGCCCGAGCUCAAGACUGGCGGGGAUAGGGAGGAGAGACUGGUAGGGUUGAGGGAAGUAGAGACGGAUUCUGAUUCCGAGGAAGGGGAGAGCGAGGACGAGGAUGGUGAGGGCGGGGAAAAAGGAUGGGAGUCUAUGGAGGAAUAG